UUUAUUACCAACCUCAUUGGCUUCCUUAGUACCAUCUUUUGAUCUCGAAGUCGAGGAAAAACCUUUCUUUCCUCAUUUAUCUAAUAGAACUGAAAAUUAUGAUAUAAAAAUGGCACAUCUCCCUCCUAAAGAUGAGUAUUUGUGUAAUGGUAUGAUGCCAUCUAAACGUCAACAAUUUGAUAUAUGGUAUGAGGAACACAAAAAUGAUACGUUCUUUCUUAAUGAAGCACUUGCUAGCUAUUGUUCAAAUGACGUUGAUAUUUUGCUAAGUGCUCUUAUUAAAUUUCGAAAAGAAUUCUUUGAUGUUUCACGUAAGAAUGGGGGAUUUGAAGGUAUUAUUCAAAUAAAAAAUUUUAAAAUUUUGUGUUUAUUUUCUAAUUUUAUACUACUAUUAUUAAUUACUCAUUUUUGA